ACCAAACAGCGUUUAGAAGGAUUCAGAAUCCACCAUUCUUUAUGCAUUGUCUUCGUUCAAUAUACAAUAUAUUCGUUUUUUAUGACAGUCUCAUUUGCUCUUGGUGUCUUGUACUCAUAGGUACAUUGCCUGAGUACUCUAGUGCUGAUCAGUGAGUCAGCCUUGAGUAAAGCAUUCUGUGAAUAAUCCAGAUGUUUUUAGUCAUAUUGGCUUGAAUAUUAUUGGAUCACAGGCCUGUGAGUCCUCGAUUUACUGGUCCAUCACCUGAAAUGAACCGCCUGCAUCUCUACAAGUUGUAAUUUUGAUUGGGCAAUUAUUCAACCAAUCCGGCAGCUUGGCGUGGAUAUAAAACCUGGAUUCAAGUGAACUGACGGCAUCAAACACUACAGCCAUGAGGUCCCUGAUCUUCGUUCUGCUCAUUGGAGCUGCUUUUGCUUUGGAGGACGACAAGAUCGUCGGAGGGUAUGAGUGCACACCCCACUCUGAGCCCCAUCAGGUCUCUUUGAAUGCGGGCUACCACUUCUGUGGUGGCUCCCUGGUCAACGAGAACUGGGUUGUGUCUGCUGCUCACUGCUACAAGUCUCGUAUUGAGGUGCGCAUGGGAGAGCACCACAUCCGUGUAAAUGAGGGCACCGAGCAGUUCAUUAGCACUUCCCGUGUGAUCCGUCACCCCAACUACAACCGUUACACCCUUGAGAAUGACAUCAUGCUGCUCAAGCUGAACGAGCCCGCCACUCUCAACCAGUACGUGCAGCCCGUGGCUCUGCCCACCAGCUGUGCCCCCGCUGGCACCAUGUGCAGAGUCUCUGGCUGGGGCAACACCAUGAGCUCCACUGCUGACGGCGACAAGCUGCAGUGUUUGGACAUCCCCAUCCUGUCUUAUGAGGACUGUAAUAACUCCUACCCCGGCAUGAUCGACAACACCAUGUUCUGUGCUGGAUACCUUGAAGGAGGCAAGGACUCCUGCCAGGGUGACUCUGGUGGCCCCGUCGUGUGCAACGGUGAGCUGCAGGGUGUUGUGUCCUGGGGCUACGGAUGUGCUGAGAGGGACCACCCCGGUGUCUACUCCAAGGUGUGUGUGCAGACCGAGUGGCUGUCCCAAACAAUGGCCAGCUAUUAACUCCACCAUUCAACCUUCACAUCGGACACACAUUAUUGACUGUCCAAAUGUUUUUUGUUUUUUUUCUGAAGUUCAAGUAAAAAUGAAUAAAGUCCUUGAAAUAAA